UUUUGCCGUUGCUGUUCCUCUUCCUCAGUUGGAAUGGCAGCCUCCUCCUCAUCCUCCUCUGCCGGAGGGGUUAGUGGGAGCUCCGUGACUGGCUCUGGAUUCAGCGCGUCUGAACUCCCCCCGCGUAAGGUCCUCUACACGUAUCCCAAAGGAGCCGGGGAGAUGAUGGAAGACGGCUCAGACAGAUUUCUGUGUGAGUCUGUGUUCAGCUACCAGGUGGCGUCAACACUGAAACAGGUGAAGCACGACCAACAGGUAUCGAGAAUGGAGAAACUGGCCAGUUUGGUUGAAGAGCUGGAAGCAGACGAGUGGCGUUACAAACCAAUCGAACAGCUUUUGGGAUUUACUCCAGUCUUAAAGUCCAAAUAAAGACCUGCUCAGUAGCCGCUGGCUGGUCACCACUGGAGAAACGUGUUGACCCCAGAGCACUACUUUAUUUCCAACACAUUUGGGUUAUUGUCAUUUGUUGUGUCAUUCCCACAGGGAAGGAUGUUCCCUGCCUUGCUAUUGGCCAAUGUUUAGCUGAGGUCACUAACUGGAGGAAGGAACACCCUGAUCCGAGAGAGAUAUUAUUGUGACCUUAAAAAAAAUCUUUAUCACUGCAAUGAAUUAUGAAUUGAGUAAUGAAUCAUGUUAUAGUGAGGAAAUUGAUGCAUUCAUGUUU